GCGGGCGGGCUGUCGCCUCUCCGGCCCCCGUGGGUCGGUCCCCGUGGGUCGGGACGUUUGAUUGACAGCUGGGUGGAUGGCCGUGUCCCCGCCUCCCGAGGCGCGGCCGGGUGCACCGGGUGCUGGCUGACCCUCUCCUGGCUUCGAGUGUUGUGGUGGCUUCCACGCCUCUUUUUCCUGCCCUCGCCUGCGCCACAUUCCUGAGUGGCUGUGACCCGUUUGUGGGGUUAACGAUGAUUUUAGCCUAUCAGGUGCAAUGGCAGGUUAGCGGAUGAAUUACAUAUGCCAUCUCUCCCGGAAAUGAUGUUUGGAGACAACGUUUUAAGAAUCCAGCAUGGUUAUGGCUUUGGGAUCGAGUUCAAUGCUACAGAUGCAUUAAAAUGUGUAAACAACUACCAAGGAAUGCUUAAAGUAGCUUGUGCUGAAGAGUGGCAAGAAAGCAGGACGGAGGGUGAGCACUCUAAAGAGGUUGUUAAACCAUAUGAUUGGACCUAUACAACAGAUUAUAAAGGAACAUUACUUGGAGACUCUCUUAAAUUAAAGGUUAUACCUACAACAGAUCAUAUAGAUACAGAGAAAUUGAAAGCCAGAGAGCAGAUUAAAUUUUUUGAAGAAGUUCUCCUCUUUGAGGAUGAACUUCAUGAUCAUGGAGUUUCAAGCUUGAGUGUGAAAAUUAGAGUAAUGCCUUCUAGCUUUUUUCUGCUGUUGCGGUUUUUCUUGAGAAUUGAUGGAGUGCUUAUCAGAAUGAACGACACAAGGGUUUACCAUGAGGCUGACAAGAACUAUAUGUUACGAGAAUAUACUUCACGAGAAAGCAAAAUUGCUAAUUUAACGCAUGUUCCACCUUCCCUCUUCACGGAACCUAAUGAAAUAUCGCAGUAUUUACCAAUAAAGGAGGCAGUUUGUGAGAAGCUAGUAUUUCCAGAAAAAGCCGAUCCUAACCCAGCAGAUUCACAAGAAAGCAUACCUGUGGAGUAGAAUGUGAUACAACAUACAUUCACUAUGGAAUCUGACUGGACCCCCUGGCUAUUUGUAGGGGAGUAUUUUUUAUUAUGCAAAUUAAUUGCUUUGUUUGUGUGCAGAUUUUCUGUACCCUUUAAGGAAUUAAAAAUAAAAGAUUGUUGCAGGCAGGUUCCACUUAACUCCUAUUUAUAUUGUGUAUCUUCAAAUUCAUACUCCACCUUUGUAUUUUCUGGAGUUAAAUUUGUACUUCUAAAUUAUCACCAAGUGGGUCUGUAGCAGCAGUGAUGUGUGUACGUCUCAUGGACAGCAAACAGAAUCUGCAUCCAUCGUGAAACACUGUCUCUUACUGGGAAGAGUUUAAUUUAAAUCAUUGAAUUCCAAUGCCUUGUGACUUUCAUAGGACUCCCAAUCAUGCAUGUUGAUGCCCUGGCUCUUCGCUUUGGGCUUUGUGACAUAUAGGCACAUUUCUGGAGAGCUUUGACUUAUCGCCUAGAAAGUUGAUCCCAUAGUUUAAUGAUACCCACAAAAUUUUAAGAAUGUAAUUUACCUUCUAACUUCAAAUUAGCUUUGAAAUAUAAAGAAAGGUUCAGAUGUAGAACCAGAAAAACCUAGUGUUUUGGAAAAUUCAAGCCCUUGUGUACACAGGAGCUUAUGAGCAUGGUUUAUCUGAUAUCAGAGCUCUCCUCCAUCUGUAGGUGUUCUUCAGACUGGCCUGGGAAGCACAUAAAACAUACAAAAGAAAAUUUCAAAUCUUAGUUAUUCUAAGAUGACCGUUUAAAGAUUUUAUAUUCUUUUCUGCCGUUCUGGAUAUUCUUUAUAAAGUGGAAAAUUAUGUAAGUACCAACUAAGAGAUUACUUGAAGUAGAUUUUUAAAAAUAAUUUUUUAAAGAGCAGAAAGAAAAAAAAUGCUUUUAUUUGGCUUGCAAUGAUGGAAAAACUAUUAAAAAAGAACAUUUAAUUGAAAGUAACAGCAAAGCUUUUUAGGUAUUAGCUUGAAGAUAAAUUUUAGUGAAAAAAUACAUUUGGAUAUUCAUCCUUGCUCCAACUUUGGUAUAUGAGAGAGCCAAAUAGGCAAGAUAUAUCUUACUAACUAAAUUUGGUCACAAAUAGUUUUUGUAUUUGUCUGUCUUUUGCAUUACCUCCAAGGUAGAGGAAAUCGGGAUUUGUUGUUCAGUGUGUAUUAAAUAUAUUUAAUGGUUUUUCUUGGGACUGUGUGAGGAUAUGCAUACUAUUCAGCUUUCUGUUUUAUUUACCAUGCAGAUUUAAACAGACUAGACCUCAUGCAAAUUAUAAGACCUGAAAAGUUGUAAGAAUAUUCAUUAGUUGGAGUUUCUAGGUAAUGUCAUAUUAUGAGAGAGAGAAUACAUAUUUUUUUAAAAUUUAUUGAUUUAGAUGUCUUGAUAACCUAAGUAGUCUUACAGUACUUGAGAAUUCAUUGUUAAAAAUUGUGGAGAAUUAAGAGUUGACUUUUUUUUUAAAGAUGGUAGGAGGUAGGUUGGAUGAGUAUGCUUCUGAAGGUUCCAUUAGUUUAUUCUGUGGGGACUACCAACAAAAUGUGUAUUUGGCCAUUGAUAAGUAUGACAUAUGUACCAUUUUAUAUUUAUUUGUUCCAGUUGUCUUUUUGUAAGAGAAAAAUUAAAAAAAUUACCGAUCUA